AUGAAUUUAGGAAAAUUCAAAACUUUCUACAUCACUAGUGAAAAUAUGAUUUUAUCAGUACUGAACUCAAGUGAAGUUCCCCGACGCUGGAGCUGGGUGUGGCUCUGUCUCGUAGCUGUAUCCUGCAGUGUUCAACAUGAUCAACAAGGUGAUGAUGUCCUUCUCAGUCUUCUUCAUGGACCACUGACUGAGGAUCACAUCCUUCUCGUUCUUGGCUUGGGUGCUCAUGAGAUUCUAGACAUUGACGCAAUCUUAGCUAGUCUUAGCGCGAGACACACAAGUUUUGUUUUGGUCAGUGAGGGUGCUGGAGAUUUCUUCCUCAAGGCUCCCGGUCAGUUUCUCAGAGGAAGCCAUCUUGCAGCUGUCCUGGUCUUCGUGGCUGACACACAACUCCUGGACAGUCUGAAUCAGCGAUGGAAUCCUGAGUUUCUCGUCCUACUUAGUCUUAACGCAACUUUGAAUUCGGAAAUACUUCUUCGCAAUGACAAAAUUCAGAGAUGUAGACACAUUGUGCUGAUCGAACCCGAUACGAGAUUUGUUCCCCAAAGAUUUAAGGUAUCUACAAGCAAGCCGACCCACCCCAACACGACUGUGAAAUACCCCAUGGGUCCCUGGGAUGAGAAAGUUUUUACCUCUAAAAGCAAUCUUUUCCCAGAAAGAUUUAACAAUUUCGGGGGGACAGUGAUAAAUCUUGGCACCUGGUGUGAUGGCUUCCCUUUCAUUUAUCUGGAAAACGAUGAGUGCUUGGGUUCCAACCUUGACGUCCUAGAAAUAAUUGCCGUCAAGUUAAACUUCACAUAUACAGUACAAAAAGAACCCAAAGAUCACCAAUGGGGCUCACGCGAAAAUGGUACCUGGACUGGGAUGCUUGGGGACCUUAUUUACAACAAUAAGGACCUGACAAUCAACGGUUUCACACUAACAGAGGAAAUCUAUGAUGAAUUUGACGUAUCUUACCCAUACCAAGUAGAGAGUUACGUGUUCCUUCUGCGUGUGCCGCCGCCUCUACCCAAGUGGAGGGGACUCACAUACCCGUUCACAGGAGUCUUAUGGCUGACUAUUAUUUUCACCACUAUAGUGGUGAGCAUCUCGUUCACCCUCUGUCUCCUGCUGCUGCCCAACAACCACGACCCCUACAGCGUUUUCCUUCUGUUGAUGUCAGCUAUGGUCUGUAUACCUUGUACAUGUACUUGUAGAAAUAAAAUUAUUAUUAUUGUUAUAUUACUACAGAUCCUUGGUGGACUAGUGUACCAGGGCGUUAAGGGCAAAUUUGAGAAUACUUGGACGAGGCUGUGGAUAGGCUGUUGGUGGCUGGCCUGUGUUAUCAUAGCUACAGCCUACAACAGUAACCUGGUAGCCUUCCUCACCGUCCCUGUGUACCCAAAACGUAUUGAGACGCUGGAAGAACUGGCGGCUUCCAACCUCAGGGUAUGUAUGCAAGACUAUGGCAGCUUUGUGCCAGAGGCUCUCAAGGUGUCUACUGACCUACACCUCUACAAGUUGGGUCACAACCUCGACCUUUAUCCCUACGUCUAUCAGAACUUCCAAGUGGGCAUCACCUGGGUGAUGGGCAGUACCCAUGCCCUCAUAGAUACAUAUUCAUACAUGGGCCAAAUAGUUAACCUCACCGGUGUUGCCUCUCAAACUUACAUUAUGAAAGAAAUGGUGUACCCUGGUUACCUGUCCUGGAUCCUUAGGAGGAAUUGUCCCUACACAGUUCAACUGUCUGAGAUUCUUACUGGCUUGUUGGAGACGGGUAUUAUUGAUCAUCUCUUCAAUAACCACACGAAGAAGUAUCAGGGGAAAGAUAAUCACCACGACAAGGUCAGGAUGGAAAUUGUGGUGAAUUUCUUGAAGGAUUUCCUAUUAGUUUGUUAUUACGCCUAUGGAAUUAAUGCUAAUUUUCUCUUUGUGAGGCAGGUGUCGGCUGGAGUUGGCCUACAGCUGGGACAGAUGCUGGGAGCCUUCAUGUUAUGGGCGCUGGGACUACUCCUAGCAGCACUCACCUUGCUCAUAGAACUCCUCGUGACUAGUGUCUUCCCGGCUGCAACAAAUUAUUAAGUCUAGAACUCUGCUGGAAUGUUGUGAUAUUCGUCACGAGGCUACAAAUUUUUCAACGACGGUGCUAACUGGAUGGUCCCUUACCACGUAUACUUCACACCACAGUGUAGACUCGUACUGCCCU